AUGGUGCCGCCCACCUCCCCCGCGGCCGUCGCGGCGGCCGCCCGCGCGGCGCCCACUCCGGCCGCGGCGCUCGCACUCUUCAAGUCGGCUCUGUCUGCCGACCCGGCGCUCUCCCCACUCGCCGUGCUGCCGCACCUCGCCGCCACCCCGUCGCUGCCCCACCUGCUCCUCACCGCCUCCAUCGCCGGCCGCCCGCACACCACGUCGCUCAGCCUCUACUCGCGGCUCAAGUCUCUCUCUCUCCCCAUCCCCACCGCCACGCUCCACCCGCUCCUCUCCUCCCUCCCCUCCGCUCCCGCCUUCGUCCUCUUCGCCGACAUCUUCCGCCUCCGCCUCCCGCUCUCCACCACCACCUUCAACAUUAUGUUGCGCCACCUCUGCUCCACGGGCAAGCCCGUCCGCGCGCUCGAGCUCCUCCGGCAGAUGCCCAGCCCCAACGCCGUCACCUACAACACCGCCAUCGCCGGGUUCUGCGCCCGCGGUCGCGUCCAAGCGGGGCUGGAUAUCAUGCGGGAGAUGCGAGAGCGCAGUGGUAUUGCCCCUGACAAGUACACCUACGCCACGGUUAUCUCUGGGUGGUGCAAGGUCGGGAAGGUCGAGGAAGCAGCCAAGGUGUUCGAGGAAAUGCUGGCUAAGGGAGAGGUGGAGCCAAAUCCCAUGAUGUACAACUCGUUGAUAGGUGCAUACUGUGACCGGGGAAAUCUGGAGGCCGCGCUGCAUUGUCGGGAAGAAAUGGUAGCGAGGGGGGUUUCCAUGACAGUCGCGACAUACAAUUUGUUUGUGCACGCGUUGUUCAUGGAGGGCCGUGCUGCGGAGGCGCAUGCAUUGGUUGAGGAGAUGGUUGGAAAGGGGCUUGCACCAGAUGCCUUCACGUACAAUAUAUUGAUCAACGGUUACUGCAAAGAGGGUAAGGAGAAGAAAGCAAUGAAGAUGUUUGAAAAUAUGGCUGCCAAAGGGAUUCGUACGACCGUGGUGACAUAUACGUCACUGAUAUAUGCCUUGUCCAAGAAGGGGAUGGUUCAGGAGGCCGAUAGGCUGUUCAAUGAGGCUGUGAGGAGAGGCAUCAGGCCUGACCUUGUCAUGUACAAUGCCCUGAUCAAUAGCCACUGCACUGGUGGAGAUAUGGACCGGGCGUUCGAGAUCAUGGGAGAAAUGGAGAAGAAGAGGAUCACACCUGAUGACGUGACAUACAAUACUCUGAUGAGGGGGCUGUGCUUGUUGGGGCGUCUUGAUGAAGCACGUGGGCUCAUUGACAAGAUGACAAAGAGAGGUAUCAAGCCAGACCUUGUGAGUUACAACACCCUGAUCAGCGGCUACAGCAUGAAGGGUGACAUCAAGGAUGCUCUGAAGGUUCGGGAUGAGAUGAUAGACAAGGGGUUCAACCCAACACUUUUGACAUAUAAUGCAAUGAUACAAGGGCUCUGCAAGAAUGGCCAGGGAGACGAUGCCGAGGAGCUGGUGAAAGAAAUGGUGGGCAAUGGCAUCACCCCUGAUGACAGUACAUAUAUUUCACUGAUCGAGGGACUUACCACUGAGGAUGAGCGUCUGGCCAGGGAAGGUGCUGUAAAAGCCUGAGCUUCUUGGAAAAAGCAGAAGCAAGAGAUUUUGUAGGAAGCAGAGAUGCAUGCUCUGUUCAGACCAGACCAACUAAAAAAUGAGCAUAAGAGUUGCUUUUUCAACCUGUAUUGGCAUGCAAUACCAUUCUGAUUUUUUACAUUGCCGCAUCAUGUCCUGAAUUCUUGCAGGAGUGCAAAAUGAUCAUUUUAGUGACGCCUGACGCCGAAGUUAGCCUUUGCAAUGGUUGAAUGUUUUGUCAUCUAUAAACACAGGGGUGAUGAAAUAUGUGAACACCAAAAUUUUAACAGAGAUGGAAAGCACUGGUCGAGAUUUUUUUUAGAUCACCAUGUACUCAGAAUACGAGAGACUGGAUAUUUCAACCUGGUUGGAUCAUGACUCACAUUUCUAUUUA